UGAUAAAUAAAAAUAACGAUGAAAUAGUUUAAAGAUAAAAAAAAAUCUACAACAACCUGCAAUCCUAGGCCUCACCAUGUUUCAAUAUAGACUAUUUACUGUAUUAAGAGCAAUAAGAAGAAUUCCGUCUAACGUUUCAAUUUCCCAAAUCCGUAAAUACACCCCUACUACUUUAGGGUUGCUUGGAACAGCAGUAUUUUGUGCGGAAAACCACGACGGGUUUAGCAAUGGUUUAUAUGAUGGGACCUUAGAACAUGAAUUUUUAAUACGACAAGCCACAACUGUAAACGUUAACGCAGCUACGCAACUCCUUACGGUUACCCUUGUUGCCAUUCAAGAUACGAGUGAGAGGUUAAGGGAUGCUCUAUCAAAAGAGAUAUGCCUUGUGCAACAAGCAAUGGAGUGGGGGGAAGUAACUCCUCCAGAACACUGGGACCAGCUGGUUGCUGUGCGCGGCACUCUCUGUGACUUGAGGCACAAUCUGAGAACACUUUAUAGUUAUAUGGAUUAUGCAGAGAAGCUUGCAACAGUAGCAGCAGAAAUAUCAUACCUUUCAGGAAAUAAUGCAGCCUCCGAUGCCAUAUGUGAAAGAAUAGAGCAAGCUCUCAGGUCUUGCAACAUCCAAAAGCAGUUAAAUCAAGUACUUCAAGAAGAGAGCUUAGAAUUACAACAGAAGGCGAUCAUCAGUUCACCACAACUUGAAGAGAAAUUCGUAAACGAUGACACAGACAAAGAGAGACUGACAAUAGAUGAUACCAUAGACAAAGGGAAACCGACAACAGAUGAUGCUAUAGACAAAGACUCUGAUAAUAAAUUAUGAAAGUUUAUUUUAUCUUAACAACUUCAAUGCCACUGACUCGGCUAGUUAAUUCCAUACGAAAAAAUGGUAAUGGCAUGGAAUGUGUUAA